AUGGCCCACCAAGGUCCAUCCAGGCCUUUUCGCCCCAUUGCACCGAGAACGCUUCCAGAUCCUGUACCGCCGCCAACGCCACGCUCACUAGGAAGUGGAGUUGAAGAGAUCAAGAUAAGGAGAGCAUCUGCAGCUUGCACUGAGUGCAAAAGACGUCGAACAAAGUGCAGCGCAGACACCACCGGCCCUCCCUGCGCUGAAUGUGCACUCCAUGGACGUGAUUGUGUGGUCGAUGAAUUCGCCGACAAGCGGCGCAAGGUUGCCGCCAGACGUGCCCAAGAGGAACUUGGAUACUAUCGUGGGUUUGUCGAACAACUGCUGAAGGCGAUUCGGUGCGGAGAAGAAACAGACGUGCAAGCGAUUGUUGCGGUCAUUCGGUCGGGAGCAUCUCACGACGAAAUCCGGGCCGUUGUUCGAGGGCUCCUUCGUCGGAAUGUGGAAGAGGAGGAAGAUAUGCCUGACGGUGUGGGGCAGGGAACAGAGACUGAUGAAGGAUCCAAGGAUGUGACCCCGGAUGGCUGGUUCAAUUAA